AUGGUCAAUAUUAUUGACUUCAGGUUUAAAGUACAUGAUAAAUCGGAUGAUGAAAUCUUCAUAAUCAAAAUAGCCUGGCAAACAUUGGUCAAAGACGCCAUACCCACUAUUAAAAAAGGAAUGGCAACACUUUAUAAGCAG